AUUCUCUUGCAGAUUCCCACAACUCCAUGCCGUGUGCUGAAGGCUGGUCUUGAACGAGCUCUGGCUGAGAGAAUGGGGGCAGAUGGGGAAACAGUGGUCCUGAAGAAUAUGCUCAUCGGUGUCAACCUGAUCCUUCUGGGCUCCAUGCUCAAGCCCUCAGAGUGUCAGCUGGAGGUGACCACGGAAAGGGUCCAGAGGCAGGCAGUGGAGGACGAAGGAGGCAUGGGCAACUACAGCACAUCCAGCAAAGAGCAGCCCAUGGUCUUCAACCACGUGUACAACAUUAACGUACCCCUGGACAGCCUCUGCUCCUCGGGGUUAGAGGCCUCGGCCGAGCAGGAGGUGAGCGCGGAAGACGAGACUCUGGCAGAGUACACAGGGCAGACCUCGGACCACGAGAGCCAGGUCACCUUCACCCACAGGAUCAACCUCCCCAAAAAGGCCUGCCCGUGUGCCGGCUCCGCCCAGGUGCUGCAGGAGCUGCUGAGCCGGAUCGAGAUGCUGGAGAGGGAGGUGUCAGUGCUGCGGGACCAGUGUGCCACCAACUGCUGUCAAGAAAGCGCGGCCACAGGACAACUGGACUACAUCCCCCACUGCAGCGGCCACGGCAACUUUAGCCUGGAGUCCUGCGGCUGCAUCUGCCACGAAGGCUGGUUUGGCAAGAACUGCUCAGAGCCCUACUGCCCGCUGGGCUGCUCCAGYCGGGGCGUGUGCGUGGACGGCCAGUGCAUCUGUGACAGCGAAUACAGCGGGGACGACUGCUCCGAGCUCCGGUGCCCCACGGACUGCAGCUCCCGGGGGCUGUGCGUGGACGGGGAGUGCGUCUGUGAAGAGCCCUACACGGGCGAGGACUGCGGGGAGCUGAGGUGCCCCGGCGACUGCUCGGGGAAGGGGACCUGUGCCAACGGCACCUGUUUGUGCCAGGAGGGCUACGUCGGCGAGGACUGCGGCCAGCGGCGGUGUCUGAAUGCCUGCAGCGGGCGAGGGCACUGCCAGGAGGGGCUCUGCGUCUGUGAAGAGGGCUACCAGGGCCCUGACUGCUCKGCAGUGGCCCCUCCAGAGGACUUGCGAGUGGCUGGGAUCAGCGACAGGUCCCUUGAGCUGGAAUGGGACGGGCCGAUGGCAGUGACGGAAUAUGUGAUCUCUUACCAGCCGACGGCCCGGGGGGGCCUCCAGCUCCAGCAGCGGGUGCCUGGAGAUUGGAGUGGUGUCACCAUCACGGAGCUGGAGCCAGGUCUCACCUACAACAUCAGCGUCUACGCUGUCAUUAGCAACAUCCCCAGCCUUCCCAUCACUGCCAAGGUGGCCACCCAUCUCUCCACUCCUCAAGGGCUGCAAUUCAAGACUAUUACGGAGACGACCGUGGAGGUGCAGUGGGAGCCCUUCUCGUUCUCCUUCGAUGGGUGGGAGAUCAGCUUCAUCCCAAAGAACAAUGAAGGAGGAGUGAUUGCUCAGCUUCCAAGUGACGUCACCUCCUUUAACCAGACUGGGCUAAAGCCUGGGGAGGAAUACAUUGUCAAUGUGGUGGCCCUGAAAGAACAAGCCCGGAGCCCCCCGACCUCGGCCAGCGUCUCCACUGUCAUUGAUGGGCCCACGCAGAUCCUGGUUCGAGAUGUCUCUGACACAGUGGCCUUUGUGGAGUGGACCCCACCUCGAGCUAAAGUUGAUUUCAUUCUCUUGAAAUACGGCUUGGUGGGCGGGGAAGGYGGGAAGACCACCUUCCGGCUGCAGCCUCCCCUCAGCCAGUAUUCGGUGCAAGCGCUGCGGCCCGGCGCCCGCUACACGGUGUCGGUCAGCGCGGUCCGAGGGGCCAACGAGAGCKCGUCCACCACCACCGAGUUCACAACAGAGAUUGAUGCCCCCAAGAAUUUACGAGUCGGCUCCCGCACAGCAACCAGCCUUGACCUUGAGUGGGAUAACAGCGAGGCAGAAGUUCAGGAAUACAAGGUCGUCUACAGCACCUUGGCRGGGGAGCAAUACCAUGAGGUGCUGGUCCCCAAAAGCAUUGGUCCAACCACCAGAGCCACCCUCACAGAUCUGAUACCUGGCACCGAGUAUGGAGUGGGAAUAUCUGCCGUCAUGAACUCCCAACAAAGCGUGCCGGCCACCAUGAAUGCAAGGACAGAACUGGACAGUCCCCGAGACCUCAUGGUGACAGCCUCCUCCGAGACCUCCAUCUCCCUCAUCUGGACCAAGGCCAGCGGCCCCAUUGACCACUACCGAAUUACCUUUACCCCCUCCUCUGGGAUUGCCUCAGAAGUCACUGUGCCCAAGGACAGAACCUCGUAUACACUGACAGAUCUGGAGCCUGGGGCAGAGUACAUCAUCUCCAUCACCGCGGAGAGGGGUCGGCAGCAGAGCUUGGAGUCCACUGUGGACGCCUUCACAGGCUUCCGCCCCAUCUCCCACUUGCACUUUUCUCAUGUGACCUCCUCCAGUGUCAACAUCACCUGGAGUGACCCAUCCCCCCCAGCAGACAGACUCAUUUUGAACUACAGCCCCAGGGAUGAAGAGGAGGAGAUGAUGGAGGUCUCCUUGGAUGCCACCAAGAGACACGCCGUCCUGAAGGGUCUGCAGCCAGCCACCGAGUAUAUUGUGAACCUGGUGGCUGUCCAUGGCACAGUGACCUCAGAGCCCAUUGUGGGCUCCAUCACCACAGGAAUUGACCCUCCCAAAGACAUCACGAUUAGCAAUGUCACCAAGGACUCAGUGAUGGUGUCCUGGAGCCCUCCUGUUGCAUCUUUUGAUUACUACCGAGUGUCAUAUCGACCCACCCAAGUAGGACGGCUGGACAGCUCAGUGGUGCCCAACACAGUGACAGAAUUCACCAUCUCCAGGCUGCACCCAGCCACUGAAUAUGAAAUCAGCCUCAACAGUGUGCGGGGCAGGGAGGAGAGCGAGCGCAUCUGCACUCUGGUGCACACAGCCAUGGAUAACCCUGUGGAUCUGAUCGCUACCAACAUCACCCCCACGGAAGCCCUGCUGCAGUGGAAGGCUCCAGCCGGUGACGUGGAGAACUAUGUCAUUGUCCUCACACACUUCUCAGUUGCUGGAGAGACCAUCUUGGUUGAUGGAGUCAGUGAGGAAUUCCAGCUCAUCGACCUGCUUCCGAGCACCCACUACACCGUCACCAUGUAUGCCACCAGUGGACCUCUCACCAGCAGCACCAUCAGCACCAACUUUUCUACCCUCCUGGACCCUCCCGCAAACCUGWCUGCCGGUGAAGUCACCAGACAGAGCGCACUGAUCUCCUGGCAGCCCCCCAGGGCGGAGAUCGAGAAGUAUGUCCUAACGUAUAGAUCCACGGAUGGAAGCCGCAAGGAGCUGAUCGUGGAUGCAGAGGACACCUGGAUCCGGCUGGAGGGGCUGUCGGAGAACACUGACUACACAGUGUUCCUGCAGGCGGCCCAGGAUGCCACCAGGAGCAGCAUCACCUCCACUGCCUUCACYACAGGGGGCCGAGUAUUCUCUCACCCUCAAGACUGUGCCCAACAUCUGAUGAACGGAGACGCUCUGAGCGGAGUGUACACCAUCUUUCUCAACGGGGAGCUGAGCCAGAAGUUGCCGGUGUACUGCGACAUGACCACAGACGGCGGUGGCUGGAUCGUAUUCCAGAGGCGGCAGAACGGCCAAACUGAUUUCUUCCGGAAGUGGGCGGACUACCGCGUGGGUUUCGGGAGCCUGGAGGACGAGUUUUGGCUAGGGCUGGACAACAUACACAGGAUCACGUCCCAGGGCCGCUACGAGCUGCGUGUGGAUAUGCGAGACGGACAGGAGGCGGCCUUUGCGUACUACGACAAGUUCUCCGUGGAGGACGGCAGGAGCCUGUACAAACUCCGCAUCGGAAGCUACAAUGGCACUGCAGGGGACUCCCUCAGCUAUCACCAGGGCCGCCCCUUCUCCACAGAGGACCGAGACAAUGACGUGGCAGUCACCAACUGCGCCAUGUCGUACAAGGGAGCCUGGUGGUAUAAGAACUGCCACCGGACCAACCUSAACGGGAAGUACGGGGAGUCCAGGCACAGUCAGGGCAUCAACUGGUACCACUGGAAAGGCCACGAGUUCUCCAUCCCCUUCGUGGAAAUGAAGAUGCGGCCCUACAACCACCGUCUCACCGCGGGGAGGAAGCGGCGGGCCCUGCGGUUCUAAACGGGGGCGGCUGAUCUUCCUGUCAUUUGUUUGUAUUUUGUAAUAUGCCACAAGGGGGAGGGUCAUAAUGAUGUGCUUUGCGACAUACUCAGAGUACUUAGGAGGCAGGGUGAGCAGGAAUCGGCGACUGCCACCGCUCCCCGUUUCUGCUGCCUUGGAGCCUGACCCCAGCUCCGUCCGCACUGGCCCUCCUCACCAG